AUGAAUGUAGACAUAAAAGAGGUUAAGUUAAAUAAAACCGAAAAUGUUAGUGGAGGCACUGCAGGUUGUUCCCUGGCUGCAACUCUUUCGGAGAGGUUCUCAGUGCUUGUGGUGGAACGAGGCCGCUCGCCUUAUGAAAAUCCUUCCAUACUAAAUAAGAUGUACAAUACUUACUUACUUCUCGAAACUGAUGAGUUUUCAUCGGUGGCUCAAAGCUUCACCUCUGAGGAUGGCGUUCCGAAUGUCAGAGGGCGAGUGCUGGGAGGAUCUUCUGUGAUAAAUGGUGCAUUCUACGGCAGAGCUAGUGAUGAUUAUAUUCGAAGGAUUGGUCGGUGGGAUGAACAACUGGUGAAACAAGCUUAUGAGUGGGUGGAAUCCAGAAUUAUUUCCGAACCUGUGCUUACCCCUUGGCAGUCUGUUCUUGAAUUAGGCCUGCUUGAAUCAGGAUUUCUUCCCAAUAAUGGGUUUACCUAUGAGCAUAUUGAGGGAACCAAGAUUGGUGGGAAUAUCUAUGACAAAUAUAAUAUAAGGCACCCCUCGUCUGAUCUUCUGGGAGCAGGGAAUCCGAAAAAUAUCACUGUUCUUUUGAACGCAACGGUAAAGAGCAUCAUCUUCCAUGGAAACGAAAAUGAGAGGAUAGCUCGUGGCGUUCGGUUCAUCAAGAGUGACGGCAGUACAGAUAAAAUUUAUGAAGCGUACAUCAACCAGCCACACGAAUCGGAUCCUUGGGGAGAUGUUAUAUUAUCAGCAGGAGCCUUAGGAAGUCCUCAGAUACUAAUGUUAAGUGGCAUCGGACCGAAAGAGCAUCUUCAGAAUUUCAACAUCCCAGUGGUGCAGGACCUGAAAGGAGUCGGCCGAGAGAUGAGAGACAUGCCCACUAUGACCUUAUUAACAGAAAAUCCACUCAUGGAGACACCUCAAGUGGCAGGCAUUAGCAAAGAUUUCAAAUUUGUUGUAGAAGCAAUCCUCAAACUAGGUAGCUCCAAUGAAGUGCUGACAAGUGUAGGCGGCAAGGUCGCAUUUAUAGAAUCCACAGGGUGGCUAAAAUUGAACAGCACGGAUCCUAGGCGAAAUCCUAUUGUGAAAUUCAACUACUUAUCAAAGGAAAAAGACUUGGAUGAUUGUGCAACGCUAGUUCAGUUGCUGCGAAAAAUAUCAAGGUCUAAGUCUGUCGUUACGUUCCUGAGGAAUGAACAACUCCCUGAUCUGACAGGUUCCGCGAGUCCUCCAAACCCGAGAGAGUUGUGCAGGAACAAUGUGACCACAUUUUAUCACUAUUGUGGAGGUUGUACCGUUGGAUCGGUUGUUGACAGUGACUACAAAGUGUAUGGAGUAAAGAAUUUGAGAGUGAUCGAUGGGUCAACUUUCUUACAAUCACCAGGCACAAACCCACAAGCUACCGUGUUAAUGCUCGGAAGGUAUCAGGGCAUCAAAAUCCUGAAGAGCAGGGAGAAUUAAACACUUCUAAAAUUAAUUAUCAAAAAUAACUCUUGUGAUAUGAUCAUAUGAUUGUC